UUUGCGGAGUGUGCCGACACCGAACAGUACAGUGCCGAAGUGACUAGACGUGCUGGAGUCGACCGCACACACAGAAGACACAGACUUCUCAGAGGGAGAAAAACCCUUCUUGCGUCGUGCUGAUCGUGCCGCUGCGUGGUUGCGUGUCGCCGUAUCGAAACUUUAAGCUUGCCGGUGGUUUUGCCUGUGCCAAACAGCAUCUCUCCCCGGCUGUUGUUGCGCAAGACGCGCUGUUGCUUGCUCGUUAACGCCCGCGGAACCAUCAACGGAGACAGAUGCAGAAGGAACUACCACCGUCAGUGGGAAGGUCGUGUAGCUGAGGAGUUCGUGCUGGUGCAGUUUUGAAGUUCAUUUUAUCAACGGGCGAAUGGAAAGGCACCGGCAAGAAGCAUCUAAGCAGGCGAAACGAGAUCGACGAGCAUCUUCUAAGUGAUUGGAGAAGGCGACAGAAAUACAUAGUGAAACGUGUUAAACGAUCUCUCGCGUGUCCUUGGCAAGCGUCGGCAGCAAAUUUCGAGGAAAAGGAAUACUCAACUGCAUCCCACCCCGGACAGUUGCGCAAUCCGGCAGGCUCUUUCAAGGACCCGCAUCGCCGUCCUGACUGGAGCAGAGCAAACGUGAUGUAACCGGGACACGAGUCACCCGCCGUCAGACACAAAGCAAGUGAAGGUGGCCUCGUCGAGGAAUUAAAAGUUCACAUCACUUUCUUCAACCUUCCUGCCUGAUUGAGAAGGGUGUCGGUCGUUAGUCGAUGUCGGUCGUCUCAUUUCACUAGUGGCUCUGCUCUACGCGAUCUCAAGCAACGUCUGGCAGUACCAACCGGGAAACGGCAUCACGAGCACGCACCACACGCAUAUGAUUCAUUGCAUGCCGCGAUAAUCGUCACCACACGGCACACACCAGACAGCGUGUGUUGCGGUUGCGGUGUGCUUGGUUGGCAAAUGUCAAUCAAUUCCGCAUGUGUAACCCAUUUCCCUGAAACGCGGCCAACAAGUAUCAAGUUGAAUAAUCUGACUGCCGAGAGACGGUGAGAGGACAGACACGGUGUGCCGGCAAACAAUAUUGGCAAAUGCGUGUGGUAAAGUAAACACAACAGACCAAAAAUAGAUAAAAAGCGUGCCAAAGUGCAAGUGUGAAAGUGCAUACAGUGAAGACGGGAGAAUCGAUUGAAUCAUCGGCGUGAAGCAAAUUAGCGAUUGCUGCAAUCCAAGUAGCAUAGGAUUUUGUUUUGCGUGGUUUUUGGUGAUAAAAACCAUCCAAGCAGUCUUCACUGUUUUUCGAACACUGAGCGUGUGCUGUGUGGUUACCGUGAGCGACAGAGAACCAUUAUUUUAUUUGUUUUUGUGUACGUGCUGUGAGCGUCAGUGUGUUUUUCUUGUGGAGCAUAACAAAAACAACGACCAACGAUCAGCACCAUGAGCUUUAACACCUUUAUGCAGAUGACAAACAGUUGGGAGGCAGCUCGGGCUUCGCUAGGCUCCCUCUCUGGUAGCAGUAGUUCAGCAAAUUCCAGCAAAACGCUCAACCCGAAACCGAAGCAAAAGCAUCACAAGUAUGUCCCAUCGUCCGGACCACCUGCCCUGUCCAGUGUGGUGGUCCCAGCCGACCUACCACUAGCUGCCACCGAACCCUAUGAUUACUUCGAUACCACCGUCAAUGCCAAUGCCAUCGCGGAACGGACCAACAGUUUGCGGCGAUUGCGAAGGGCCGGUUACGCCAACCGUAGCUUCAUGUAUCACGGCGAGUACCCGAUCGUAGACGAUGGGUACGGGGAUGAUACGGGUGGCGGUGGCGGUGGCGGUCGGUUGCCAUACUUUGUCGAACCGACCUACCGUUCGCUAGAGUACGACCGAAGGCAGCGCCGCCGACACAGUGUGCAUCAGCUGGCUAACUUCAACCCUUCCUCGAAGCUGGACGAUCUGAGGCAGCGGUUCGACGAGUACAGCUCGUCGGCCGCCGUGCCUAGGGGUGCAUACUACGGCUACUACACGCUCGACCGCCACAAGAAGCUGCCGAGACAGAUGGCACCGAGCCCGCUGCCACCGGUCGCGUACGGUAAGGCGUUCUCCUUCGGACAGAGCGCACGGUACAGCGGGAGCCGCUCGCUCGAUCGUGUACUGGUGGAGGAAGAGCGCGAACAGCGCAAGGGACCGAAGCGAGGGUCCCGCUCGUCGCAGGGUUCCACCGAUAGUAACAAUAGUACACAUAGUGCAUCAUCCGGGUCGCUACUGCUGACGGUAGCAAACCUUGAGAACUUUGCCAAAAUACAUCGUAAGUCGACUGCCGGUGGAAGUAGAGGUGGUGGCCACCACUCCAAACUAGACAGCGAUGCCGGCAGCCGAACACUUGAGCGAUACCUCUCCUCGACGCUCGAUCUGGUCCCGCACCAUCCCGGUACGCUUGGGCGACGAUCGCGCUACAACAGCAACAUCCUGCUACCGCAUCAAGCGAUCGACGACGGGCAGCACGAGCACGACGAUCCAAACGUGCAUCCGGCCGAUCAUGCCGCGAUCGACUAUCGCAAGGAUGCGCAUCACAUUGUCAGCAGUGCGAUCGUGCCGAUCGAUGAAAUUUCCAUCGACGAAGGUGAAGGCAAUGAUAGCGAGCGGCAGCUACAACUAGCCGGACCGAACGCUGCAGGUGCCAGUCUUGUUUCGCCAUUCCGCUCACUGAAGGGCAAAGAUCCGGAUUCGGUGUCCGUUGCCAGCUCGACGCAUUUUACCAUGGUGAACGGGAUCGGUGGACCGCAGCGUGUUAUCAAGACGGGCAUCUGUUCCAGUGGCCACCAGAUCACGAUACUGAUCGUUACGAUGAGCAUCAUCUUCAUGAUCGGGAUCUGUUCGGCUGUUUUCCUGCUCGAAAUGCGUGCCAGGGAUAUGCCAAAGUAAAGCUGAUGAUGUGUUUCGAUCGCCAGCCCACAGGAAGACACCGGGAGGGCGUUACGAUCACGCACGAAGUACAUUUAGCAAUCGAAAACACUGAUAGAUUAAGCGCUAUCGCCCCGCAACACCGCGUUGCCAUAUGGAGUAUGUAGUUUAGUUUUAAUACAUAAGACUUUUAGAUACGUUUCUCCCCAUAUAAAUGCUACACCUGGACAGACUCUACACUAAUUUCACAACUUUUAAUCUGUCCUGUAGGUAGAUAACGAUGAAUUACGUUUACUUGACAUCGUUUAUGAUUUCAUGAUCCUCUUGGGUGGUAAGAGUAAGAAACCUUUCUCUGUAGUUGAGCUAGACUUUGUAGUGUGUAAAGGUACGAGUAAGUUAGCGCCUGCGUUCUUAAUAUGCCAAAUGCCAAAAGCCUCUCAGCACAAGCACAACAGCAUUCUUCUUAGUGGCAGCAACAGAAACCCGAAACCCCGAUAGCGUCCCGUCCUUCCACUCUACUGCAACAGACUUUUUCCUCCGCGUCUUCCCUAGCCACCAGUUACUUACAUUUCACUGAUUCAGUUCUGUGAUAUUUAUUAAAUUAUUUAACUUAUGUCGAGAGGAUAAAGAAAUAAUACGAACAAUGUA